UCUUCGAGAUCCUUCUCAGUCGAGGAGUUUUUUCUUCGUUCCCUUCCUUUCUUCCUUCUUUUCUUCGUUUCUCGUCCCACUUUGAGAGUCAUUCCUUUCGAGACUGCCGGCCAGCUUAGUUUUGUGUAUUAUUUUUCGGCACAUUUACUUCUCUUCCCUACGGCCCUUACGCUCUUUAAACCGUAUACGUCUAGCCGGCCUAGUUAUUUUUGGCUCGCCUGACUGACAGCACGCCUUAACACUUCCCGAACGAGUCAUUGUUGCCAACCGAUAGAUAACAGCAGCAACGAUGUAUUUUUCCAAGAAAACAUUGGCCAGUCUCCUUCUGAGCCUGGCUCUAAGUGAGGUCAGCGCCCAACGGACUGGCCCGCGAUUCAACAACAGCACCCGGAGCGCAACCGGGCCCCGGGUCGACGGUGGCAGAGUUGAAGUCACAUCCAGCGCCGGAGCGGCGACGACGUCGAGGGCCGGAGCCGGAGCUAGAGUGGUUGUCGGGGCGCCUAGGGGUGGAGCCGGUGCUAGUGCAGGAUCCGGACAGCAACUCCCGCCUGUGGCCACAGGUGGCGCUGGAGCAGACGGGCUGUCGCCGCUGCCAGGCGACGACAACCUCGCGGCAAACCCGCUAGCCGGCGCUUUGGAGCCGCUGCCGACGAUCGCGCCUUCCCCCACGCUGCCGACGACCCUUGUCCGCGUUACCAGGAGUGCUACGACGACAGCCCCUGUGUUGUCGGCGUCGCAGCCCCUCGCUCCCAUCGCACCUUCAGCUAGCUCGGCCGCCCAAAGCCUUUCUCAAACCGGUGAUAUCGCCGCUCCUGAUGUUGUGAUUCCCUCGGCAACCUCGUCCCUGCAGAGCUUGCCUCAACUCGGGGCCGAUUUCACCGCCCCUGGUCUCGCUGCUACCACAUCCCAGCCAAUUCCUUCUGUCGCCGCAGGUAUCAUCAUCGUCUCAUCCAUACCAGGAGUCCCGUCAUCUUCGCAGACGUCCGAGGGCCUUAUUGCAACCACAGCUUCUGGGACCGGAGAAGUGCCCCUAGCUUCAGCCACGACGAGCUCCGAUGGCAUUUUGCCGAUCGCUUCGGCGACUGAGGCCACCUCCACUGAUACCCUGACCACCUCUGAGUCUGUCGCCACCGACGCUACAGCUACAGAUGUCACGGCCACCGGUGCCACUGCUACCAACGCUACCAUCACUGCGGAGGCCUCGACCACGGCCGAGACUGCCUCUACCACGGCCGAGACUUCCGCCACCGGGGCCUCGACCACUGCUGAGGCUGCCGCCACGGAUGCCGCAGCUCUGCUCCCCCUCCCCGCUGCGUCGGACGCUACUGGCCUGAUUCCCAUCCCCGUUGCGACCGACGCGCCCUUCCCUCUUACCAACGCGACCGGGGUGGCGAGUCUGCGGCCCAUCGGCACAGGUGCAGCUCCUCAACCGACCGAAAGUACAGAAGCAGCUCCCGAGACCUCGCUGUUGCCUCCUCCCGCAACUGGCCCUUUCUCAAACUCGACCAGGCCCAUCAAUGGCACGGCGCCAGCCGCCGGGAGGAACUCGACGAGCCCCUUGGUCCCUGGCGCAGGCUCUGAUGGUCCCGCCGAUGAGGGAACUCUGCAGCCACUCCCUGGCACCAAUUCUCCCUCCGGAUCCGGAGAUGCCGAGUCUCCCUCCAGUUCUGGCGAUGCCAACUCUCCCUCCAAAUCUGGCUCCCCUGCUGGUCCGGCGGGUGGAAACCCCACGUCCGGCACCAACCCUUCUGGCGGCGAGGACCCGCUGGCUUCAUUGCCCAAUGCCACCGGUGGACAGGGCGGCGGUAGCCAGACCGGCACGCUCCGAGGCCUGCCCACCGGAACGGGUGGUCCAGCCCCGACUGGCACCGUCCAAGGCCCGCCGUCAGGAACCACCUUCGCCACGUCGUUCACGAGGCCCACGCCUUCGGUCCCUGCUUCUCUGACCACGGUGGUCACCAGCGGUGGUCAGACCAUGACGCUGACGGUGCCCAACGCAGCUGCUAUCACUGCCGGCGGCACCAUAGUCACCGGUGCACCGAAGGCGCCCGGUGGGGACCCUAACGCUGCCUCGGGACUCGCCGCAUCUGACGCGCUUGCCGGUGGCGUGGCCGCCGUGGUGGCGGUGUUUCUGAUGGUUUAAUGUUUUAUUUUCUCCGGGGUUCCAUCGGGCACAGUUCAACCCACCGGCGAAUGGCCGAGAAGAUCGUGCCAAGUGGAGUGUCAUGGAGCACAUGGUGCGUGUGUGUAUAUACGUAUCUGUCUGUCAGGCUUGGUUGACAAUCUGAGCAGACACACGCUCAUGGCCAAAUCGUGCACGAGGAAUACCUUUGAUGACGACUUUUUCUCUGUUUAUUUCUUAAUCGAAGGUCUAGGGGGCGGUCUGCUGACGCAGAUGAGAGCUUCACGGCUUGGGGCUUUUUUCACUUCAUCUUAUUUCGAACUAGGGGCAACGAUGAGCACGAACCCAAUAUCGAAGGGACAGACAGGUUUGGCGACGUCGCUCGGAAUCCUGGGAUCCGAACCUCGAUAUAAAAUACCCAAGAAACACGUGCAAACCCGCCCAACAGGCCUGACUAAUGGGUCGCUCCUGUGUCGAUCCAAGUUCACACUAUUCAGCCUCUCUCCUAUCGUGCGGUCUUUCCCGAAGACCUCGCCCUUGCGAAGGCUGGGGUGGAAAAGAAACGAUGAAGGAGUGGCAAGAAAAAUGGCAGCACCGCCCUUGGGAUUCACGCAAAGACGAGCGAGUCGAAACCCGUGGCGUUUCGGAGCGCAUGACCCCCUGUUCCGUCUGUUCUUUUGACAAGUAUCAGGGGUCGUGGUGCGCCCCACUCACACAACGCUCACGGCAGAGUCAGCCGAAAGUGUAAAAAUGGUU